AUGGCGCUGUUCGAGCAAAUACUCGCCUCUUAUGCGCGCAAAGCUGCGAAGAAGUACCCUAACGAUACUAUCGGUGAAUAUGAUGCGGCCGCCCAGACUUUUCGUUUGCCUUUCUGGGACUGGGCCAGCAAUGCGGCAUUGCCUGAUGCUGUAAUUGCUCCGACGGUUCAUUUUAACGGUCCAGCGGGCCCAGACACUAUGCCCAAUCCACUGUACGGCUACCAAUUUCCAAACUACCCUUUCAAAGGUGGUGGCUUCGGCGGCUUUCUCGCUCGAUUCAGUGCGACAAAACGUUGCACAACUACGAGUGGCGCAGCAGUUGGCAAAAGCGAUACGACCAAGGCCGAUAACGUGCUCCUUGGUGACGGGCCGAUGCUGACACGAAAAGUGUAUGCCGUCUUCACUCAAAGCACGACGUUCGAGUCCAUGGCCUCCACAGCCAAUGCAGGUGCUAGCUUCGAGGACCCGCACAACUAUGUGCAUAAUGAUAUAGGCUGUCUGUCGGAGUCAGGACGUAUCGGACACAUGGGUGAUUUGAGCUAUUCGGGUUUCGAUCCAGUGUUCUUCCUCCAUCAUGCCAACGUCGACCGCCUGUUUGCGCUCUGGCAAGCUAUCCACCCUAACAGUUCCGUGUUCACUUCGGGCCAAAUGGGUCAUUCCGUCUUUGGUACAGCCGCCGGGCUCCAGACCGCCGACAGUCCCCUUCUGCCCUUUCGGGCUCCUGGCAACAGCAGCGACGAUGAUAGCACUUCCGUCUAUCAUACCAGCCGCUCUGUGGAGGCCACCCGAACAUUCGGCUACACCUACCCCGAGCUGCCCGACUGGUCCCUGUCACCUGACGAGCUGGCCGCCUCUGCCCGCGCGGCCGUCAACAGCCUGUACGGACAGGCCGCAAAUACCGCAUCAGGAAGUGGUCGACGCCGAUGGCAACAGAAGGCCAAGCGCAAUAAUAUCAUGGACACCACCGACUAUUCCAUCGAACUGUCCGUCGACCGGGCCCAGCUGCCGCUGCCGUGCUCGAUUGAGUUGCAUCUUGUAGACAACAGCGGUAACGGCAGUGUAAGCACCAACACCAGCAGUAACAAGCUUGGCGGUGCCUCUCUGUUAACCAUGCCGUCGACAGGCACCAGCUACACAUUGGUGCCGCUACGGCAUGCCUUGCUAGCCGAAGAGCGGGGAUCUAGGCCCCCGUCGUUCGUUGAUUCCGAUUCUGUUGUUGCACAGCUGCACAAGCAACUGCGCAUCGUCGUCCUGUCGGACGAUGGAACGUCCUUUCCGACCGACUCGGUCUCGAGCCUCCAUGUCGAGCUGCAACAACGCAGUUACAAGCCAGCUGCUACAAGUGACGAUUUUCCAGAAUAUGGUCCCAUCACUCAUUGGCUGCUCGAGCCGGGUUUGUUGGUCUAG